CCAUGACUCCAUUGAGUGAGGAUGUGCCAUUCUUAGACUUUUUUUUUGUGUUGAAUUGUGAAUGAAUGAUUAUAGUGAUUGAUGUUUUGUGCAAUAUUGUUAUUGUGAAUAAGGGAUAAUAACUAACUUUGUGAUGAAAUCCACAAAUAUGGAAACCUGUUCAGACCGCCUAAGUCCAUCUAGCGAUUUAACAAGCGAGUCUGAAACGUCAUUACCAUCAUUUCCUUACGAACAGCAAAAUGGAAACUUUUACACUCAGCCGGACAUAGCUGAGAAACAAUAUUUCUCAUGCAAACAAAAGGCCCGAACAGAUGACAGAAAAGAGGUUUACUUGCAAGAGAGCAAUAAGAACUCCUUCGAAAACUAUUUAUCGCCUAGAAGCAAAAAAUAUUUGAAUUUCGAACUUAAGUUGCCGCCAAUUAAUGAUAACUUUUUUUCUCAAAUCGAUAACGAAGACCGACGUUCCACCUAUUUUAAUGACGUGUCUAUGAAAAAUGUUCAAAAUGAAAACAACCCGAUGGUUGAAAUAGAAAUAAAUAAUGCGUUUGAAAAUGUUGUGAAUAAUGACAGAGAUAGACAACAACAGUAUUUUGCUGAUAAUGAGAAUAAUAUGCGUAGAUGUUUGAAUUUCAAUUCGGAGCAAGUGCAAUGUGUGUGCGAAGCUUUACAACAGAAAGGCGAUAUAGAAAAACUGGCGGCGUUUUUAUGGAGUUUGCCAACGACGGAGUUGUUGCGAGGGAACGAAACAGUGUUAAGGGCGCGCGCGCUUGUAGCGUUUCAUCACGGAGUUUUUCAAGAACUAUAUGCGAUAUUAGAAAAGCAUCCUUUCCCGCCACGGCAUCAUAGCGACCUACAGAAGCUUUGGUUCAAAGCUCAUUACAAGGAAGCCGAAAAAGUUAGGGGGAGACCUUUGGGCGCUGUUGAUAAAUAUAGGCUGAGAAAGAAGUAUCCUUUGCCUAAAACGAUAUGGGACGGCGAAGAAACUGUUUAUUGUUUCAAAGAAAAGAGCAGAAACGCGCUAAAAGACUGUUACUAUAGAAAUCGAUAUCCAACGCCAGAUGAGAAGCGAGCGCUUGCUCAGAAAACAGGUCUAACACUGACUCAAGUUUCGAAUUGGUUCAAAAAUAGAAGACAGAGAGACAGGACUCCUCAGCAGAGUAACAGACCUGAAAUGCUCGUCCCAGCUCAAUACGUCGGUUCACAAGGAGGCUUGACCCAGUCUUUUAUUCCAAAUAGCUAUUAUAAACUGCAGGAUGCCUCACACUAUUUACAUGGAAAUCCACAUUGAAUCAGUGUUGCUAUUAUGAAAUAUAAUUGCUUUAAAGUUUUUAUUUUCUAGAAAAUAGUGUCAUGUUUAAAAUAAAGUACCUCCGAUAAACCACCUUCAAUUUGUAUAUAGAUUAUGAAAUAGAUGUAUAAUCUUAUAACUAUGCUACUAUAUUUUGAAGUCCGUUCCAAAGUAUAU